GUGCUAAACACUGCGAUUAUCGCACUGUAAGCUGACGGUGACAGAUGAGAAAUAUGUCGUGAAAGUUCGUAGUAGUCUUUCGUUUGGUACACUUUGGAAAUUUGAGUUUGCACGUGUAUUUGUUUUGAUUUUGUGUGCCGUGAAAGUUUCGCAGUGGAAAAUGGUUCGAAAAUUAAAAUUUCACGAACAGAAACUCCUGAAGAAAGUUGACUUUAUAUCAUGGGAAGCAGAUAAUAACAUACAUGAAGUUAAAGUCAUGAGAAAAUAUUGUAUUCGGAAGCGCGAAGAUUACACGAAAUACAAUAAGCUUUCAAGAGAAAUAAGAGAACUUGCUCGGAAGGUAAAAGAAUUAGAUCCGAAGGAUCCAUUUCGUGUGGAAACAAGUGCCCAGCUACUUGAAAAAUUGUAUAUGAUGGGGCUCAUUCCAACAAAGUGGGAUCUGGGACUCUGUGAUAAAGUAACUGCCUCAAGUUUUUGUCGUCGUCGUUUGCCUGUUGUUAUGGUGAAGAACAAAAUGUCUCAGAAUAUACGCAUGGCAACUCAGUUUGUAGAACAAGGCCAUGUAAGAGUUGGACCAGAAGUAGUAAAAGACCCUGCAUUCCUUGUGACAAGAAAUCUUCAAGAUUUUGUUACUUGGGUUGAUACAUCAGCUAUAAGAAAGCAUGUCAUGCAGUACAACGAAAUGUUUGAUGAUUAUGAAAUGCAGUAAAAAACAUCUGAGCCAGGACAAUUUCACAUUUGAUUUCUACAUCAAAUACUGAGAUGCAGGUUGCAGUUAAAAUAUCAUUGCAUCUCGUUUCAAACUAUUUUAAAACAAUGGAAGAGGCCUGAAAUAGAACAUGGCGAAGUUGGCAGCAAGGAUUUCUUAUUGCUUUACUGCAGUGCUUUGAGGGAACUCGAUGCAACAUGUGACUUUUGUCUGCAGUUGCAUUCAAAAAAUGUUAUGCUAUUUGUACAACUGACAUUGAUGAAUAAUGUUACACUGUAAUUUAUUGUUGCCUCUGUUGUAAUUUAUGGUAUAAUAUCUAUUGAAGUGUGUGUGUAUAUAUCAUAUACUAUUCAAGAUAAUAAGUGGAACAAAAGCAAGGACUGGUCUCAAGAGAACAGUGAUAGUUUGUAAUUACGUAUUUCAGGAUGAUUGCACAAAAUAAUGCUGUUUGCUGGAAAAUUGUGAAUGUUUGUGCACCUAGUCAGUAGAAAAUUUGGUAACAUGAAUUUUUAAAAAAUAAUUCAUGAAAUGUU